AUCUUUUUCCCAUAAAUCAUCAUGCAAUAUUUAGUAUUGCAUCACCGUCUUAUUAAUUCUUCCUAAUGCAGAAUCAGCAGCAAACGAGCAAUAUCGGUCCGUCUGAGUUUGUGGGGGCAUAAAACCAAAUCUGCCAGAGUCAUUACACUUAUUGUAUUAACAUUGUACUUGACCUACAAGACUAAUCAUUUUAAUGAGAGAGAAGGAAAGAAGGAAAAAGUUGGUGGAAGGGGAACAGAAAGAUAAGAGACUGACUGUUUAGUAGAUAAAAGUGUGUGAGCGUGAGGGAGGAUGAGAGAGUGUGUGUGUGAGGGAGGGUUGUGUGUGGGUUUUGGGGUGCGUGCGCAUUUGCUACAAGGUAAAACAUUGCGCAGACAGGUUCCUUCCUCGAAAAGGGGCGUAAACAGCGAGUUUUUACCCAACAAAAUUCCACCCUUCUUCAGAAGAGUGAGGAAGUGCAUUCGAUCAACCUGGAUUCUUCUCGACUAGUACUUCCUGAAGAGAGAGCCGACUGAGAAGUUCGUCAGCAGGGAAGCUCUCACAACUUCACUCGGUCCAUGUCAAAGAUUGUACAUCAUGUAUAGCUUUGGGGACCAGUUGCAUCGGCCCAAGUGGUUUGCACUUCUUGGGUUCCUUAUCGUAUUCCUGCUAGCAUUUCAUGGAGAAGCUCAGGAGAUGUCAGUCUCAGUCAGCGUCAGCUCCGGCGAGGGUCUUUUGCCAUGUGUUUAUCGAGGAGUUCCGUACAUGGACUCCCAAGAGUGGGCAGUGGACGAAUGCACCACCUGUGCCUGUAACAACGCUACUGUGACCUGUGUUAUUGAGAGUUGCCAACCAGCAUUCUGCGCUUCACCAAUAAAACCUGAUGGAGCAUGUUGCUACCUCUGUCCAUACAAUGUCCUGGCGAAGAAAGUCCUGCCUGAAAUCACAAGCAGAGACACCAUCGCAGAGGGAGGGGACAAUCAAGUAAGCUUUGAUGUUCCCAUCAAGUUUCAUGAUGCUAUGGACACCACCGGAGUCUCAGGAGAAGAUAUAUGGAAGCUUUCUGCUUGGGCUUCAGCCAAUCCAGACGGCAAAGGACCAAGAAUUGGAUUCGAAGAGGACAUUCUAGAUCCGACGCAAAAAGACAAGUACUUUAAGAAAAAAGAAAAAUUCGAGUUUACUGAUCUGGACUUUUCCUUUUCUGACCCGAUGGCCGAGUGCGACGACAUGAAGUAUAUCUGUGUGAGGAUCGAGAGGGGAGAUAACCCCAGGACCACAGGGGACCUUGGCUAUACUUUAGGAGGAUACCCAGACUCAGAUGCACAGACCGGUUGUACAGGAGCCCCAGAAUGUCGAGGAAUCGUUGCUAGGGAUCUAGAAUGGGAGCUGGAACCAGCAGAAACAGUAAUACCCUAUCAGGAAACGGCGGUCAAUCUGGACGCUUCAGUCUUCUUCCGAGAGGAUAACCCGUUGUUAUCUGGUGAUGGACUCUGGCGCAUGGGUCUGUACGGCAGCAGAACAGCUGAUGGCUCAGGCGAUCGAUAUGGUUACAAACCACAGACACUGAGCUGGCCCCAACAGGGAACCACCCUAGAGGAAGGCGUUCCUCUUGGACUGCCUGAUGUUGAGACCGACUUUGAAAUCGGAACUGUCGGUUGCAAUGACUUCGGCUAUGUGUGCGUGGAAUUCACUGGUGGUGACAAUCCCAACCCAAACUAUUUCUUCCGCAAAGAGGGUGCUACAGAUAAUUCUCCGGCUCAAAAUACAAUCACCAGAUGUAAAGAGCAGGAAUGUUUAUCAAAUGUAUGGGCCGAGUCUCUGGACUGGAGCUUAACGCCAACGGGUACGGUUAUAUCCGGUCAGGAAAGCGAAGUGACUAUUGACGGCAAUGUCAUGUUUGAAGACGACAACCGCGAAGUUGCCGGCAAUGGCCUGUGGAGAAUGGGGCUGUACGGAAGCAGGAAUCCCGAUGGAACAGGAGAAAAAUUUAACUACAAAAGGAAUAUUCUUGACACGCCACAAGAAGGCGUUACUUUACCACAAAAUAGCGGUUUACUCGAACAACCAGGGGUGACUGCCGACUUUGAGAUUGGCACCGUCGGUUGCAAUGACUUUGGAUAUGUUUGCGUUGAGUUCACCGGAGGAGAUGAUCCGCAGCCUUUGUAUUUCUUUAGGACAGUGGGAUCUGCAAGUGAUCGUGCAGAAGACAAUGUUUUAGUAGAAUGCAAAGAACAGGAAUGUUUAUCAAAGGCAAUCUUUACCGAUCUGGAAGUUGAUCUUGGAGACCAAAACAUCAUCGAGAAUAAAAACAAUCCUCUCACAGUUGAUCUGAGUGGAAUCACCGCCGACGACUCCACCAACGUGUGGGGAGACCAGCUAUGGACAGUAGGUGCAUAUGCCAGCCAAAAUCCGAAUGGAGAAGGACCAAAGACCGGCCUCAUCGAGCAGAUUCUUGAUCCCAUGGAAGCUGGCACCAAUCUCAAUGAAGGGGAGAAUCUUCCAUUCGAGCAAGUUGAUUUUGAUUUCGACAUGACGGGGAUGCGAUGUGAAGAUGCACCAUAUCUCUGUUUUGACCUUGAUAAGAACCCCAGGGCCAGUGUUAACUACAUCUUUGAAGCUCGCCCCGACGAUUCUGUAACGACUGAAUGUGUAGACAUGAGAGAUCGAUGCAAAGGUGCCACUGCUACAGAUAUUGAAUGGGAGCCCGAAAUAGGUAUUGCUCCGUUUGGACAACCUUCACCUCUGACUAUCGACGCAGAUGUUCUUUUUGACCCAGAAAGUCCCGAUGUGAUUGGAGAUGGAUUGUGGCAGUUGGGUGUCUUUGCUGCUAAUAGCCCGGAUGGUAUGGGACCACGCAGACAUGAGGUUACUCAGACCCUAGAUCCGUUCAACGAAGCUUUGCCUCUUGAGGACGGAGGACCCCUGGAAUUUGGCAAGCUUGAUGUCGACUUUCCAAUAGACGAAGUUGGCUGUGAUGAAUUCAGGUGGCUCUGUGUUGAGUUCAAGAAAGGAGAAUCGCCCACACCAGAUUUCAAAUUCGAGACUGAAUCUGGAGAAGAUACAAUAAUAUCUUGCAAAGAACAGAGAUGUAGAGGUGUCGAAAUCAACGACCUCGAAUCUACUCCAACCGACGUUAAAACAGAUCUCAUGCUUUAUGAAGGAAAGGCAGAAAAUCCGAUUACAUACAAUUCCGUUGCAUCCACCACCGAUCAAACUGGUACGAUCAGGGGAGUCGAUCUCUGGACCCUGAGUCAGUGGGGAAGUGAACGUGCAAACGGCAAUGGACCACAAGCAAACUACCAGGAGCAGGUGCUAUCGGGAUACCACGCAGCACUUCCAGUCUUGGCUCAGGGAGACACACUGGAUUUUGUCCCGCUUGUGUCAAACUUCGACAUGACUGGAAUCAAGUGCCCUCAGGUCAAGUACAUCUGUAACGAGGUCAACAAAGACCCACAGUCCAUCCCAGAUUUCCAGUUUAGCGCUGUUCCGGAUGAGUCUGUCCUGAGGAGUUGUUUUGAAGUACCUGAUGACGCCUGUAAAGGAGUUAUCUUUGAUGACAUGGAUUGGGACAUGUCCCCAAUUGGACCGGUCAGAGCUGAUGAACCUGAUGAUAUGCUUCUUAACGUUGACCUUAGCACAUUGCCAGAAAGUGGUUCAGCCGAUGGUGAUGGACUCUGGCGAAUUGGAGUCUUCGGCUCUCCCAAUCCUGAUGGCGCCGGACCACGUCUUGGCUAUGUUCGGCAGAUCUUGGACCGAGCAGAAUCAUCAAUACCUGCAGAGGGUGAAGGAACACCCCUCGAAUUAAACAAUCUGGAGGCUGAGUUCGACCUCUCUCAAAUCGGUUGUGACUCUGAGUACCGCUUCCUGUGUCUUGAGUUCUCCAAGGGUAUGAUGGCCAGUCCUGAUUUCAAGUUCGAGGUACAAGGUGGUGGUGAUGAAAUAGUAAGCUGCAAAGAGCAACCUUGCCGGAGACCUGUUAUUCUGACGGACGUUGAUACAAAUCUUCUGGGUAACGGGCGCGUAAGUGAAGGCACACCAAACAACAGAAUUCUGUACGACAUCACCGGUGUCGCCGAUCCUUCCAGUGGGAAGGCAAUUGGUGAAGAUCUCUGGGACCUGACAACUUUUGGCAGUUCAUAUCCCGAUGGUCGUGGCCCGAGGUAUAACCCCCAAGAGGCCAACGUCUUUACUCCGUAUCAAAAGGACAGACCAGCUUUCCCUGGUGAGGACAUACGGUACGGAGCUGUAGACACCAACUUCGACAUGACAGGACGCACUUGUGACGAAGUCAGGUACUUCUGUUCCGAGCUUCGUAAAAAUGAAGCCGCCACUCCAGAUUUCGAAUUCCUUGCCAAACCCAGCGAGGAUGUGCUUAUCGACUGUUUUGAACUUAAUUGUGAAGGUGUUCUCAUAGACAACACCCGGCUCAUGUUGAAUUCUGAUGACGAGCUUGAAGAUGGGCCCAACGACCUGUCCUUCGACUUCAGGGUGGACUCAAACCCCUCCGGAGGGGAUGCUGAUGGUGACGACCUCUGGCGCCUGGAAACAUUCACUGCUACUCAUAUGGACGGCUCAGGUCGACGUGAUAUCUUGGACCAGCAGACUCUCGAUCCCAGAGAAGCCAGUACUGACAUGAGAUCUGGAGACUCCAUUGUCUUCCGGAAUCUCGAGGCAAGGGUUAACUCUGAGGACGUUAACUGUGAUGAAGAUCAGUACCUGUGCGCCGAGAUCUCCAAACAAGCGCGCGCCCGUCCAAAUUUCUCCUUGAAGGGAACGCGAGAGAAUUCCAUGACGAGUUGUAAGAAGAUCAAGUGUGCCAAGGCCGGUAAGAUUCUUUUCUUCAUUUUCCGCAGGGAGGUAUAAAAAGAGAAGAGAUCUAGAAGUCUGACUUAUUUUCACCCUAUUUUUCAUUAAUAUACAUAUCUUUAAUUAUUUAAUUUAAGUAUAGAUUCAAAGGCAAUCCGAUGACCGAUGAUAUCGGAAAGAUAGGCAAUUUUAAUUAUCUCAAUUCCAAUAACAGAUUCCGACUCUUUUUAAUAAAUUUCAAUCUAAAAUACUAUUUGAAGAAAGGGAAACAGAAUUCAUUUCCUGGUCGGAUGAAUUGAGAAUUACUUUGUAUCAGAACUUUCUUUUAGAUAGGGCUCAUGAAUGGUAUGGCCUACAAAUGCUAAACCUACUAAUUUCUAUAUCCUGAACGAAGAAGGAAAAUGCGAGAGCAAGAAAAGAAUAAUAAAAAUGUUGAAUUGAUACCUUGUAAUAAUUAUUUAAAAACAUACACAUGUACAUGUAGGCACUCUUUAUUUUCCAAUUCUUAGUCGUUUACAAGACAUAUUUUACUUCUUAAAGAAAUCGUUUAUAAUGUUCAUUUAUUUUUAUCUUCACCCUUUUUAUACAUGUAUAUGUUCUUUUUACAGUUUGUCAAAUUUGUCUACAGCAUUUUUUUCAUUGUGGUUUGUGUUUCAAUGAAUAUUUCAUAUUGGAGAUUUGCCUUCUUUCUAUCCUCUUUCACUAAUUAAACAUGUCACACUGCAUGGUCAAAAUAUGCAUGUUCCCCUCCUUGCACUUAUUAUCAUCACCUAUGAUAUCAUACUUUUUUGCCAGUAUCCUGAGUUUUAAUCCAAAACAUCCCUAACAUUUUAAGGGAAAAUAUAAAUCUAACCAGUUUUCAAAAGCUGGUUGGAAAGAAGUCCCAGUGAAACGUAUUACAGUCAUGACACGGGGUAUGACGAGAUUUUACGAUUAUCAAUCACGAUUUGUGAGGAGCGGUUUACAGUGACGCACUCAGCAUACUGUAAUGAGUAAGUAUGGUCACACAGGUAGGUAUUCUUACUAUAAUUAUAACUCCAUACCAAUUCAAUGUACAUGUCAUCCUAUAAACACAGCAAUUCCUGACUUGGUCAUUUAAUGAUAAAACACACCUGGACAUAGCUGUAAGCUAUCAGCAAUGUAACACAACGGGAAAUUAGCCCGUAUAAUAAAUUGUUUUCCUUGUUGGUGUAAAUUAACGCUGACAUGGAGUGAAUUAAAGUGAUAAUUUGAAUAGGCACAAGCGCUCUUCGUG